AUGAAAGAAGGCGAAACUAAGGCGAUUUGGAAACGGUUAUUCCUCAGACUUUGCACUGUUAUUUCGGUAACGGUUAUUGAUGUUUUCGACGGCGGACGACGGUUUAUUGCCCACUCCCCGACGGUUAUUCUCACGAUGGCAACUACGCAUCGUGAUGCACUUAUGUAUUGGAGUUAUUUUCUGGAACUCUAUAUAUGGCAAUCUAGAAUCAGUCGAUUCUUUCACACAUUCAAUACUAUCUUGAGCAAAUUUCUAUUGCAAAAGUACAGAAGAUUGAUAACAGUGACGGAUAAUCUUCACCGGAAUUUACAAGAUUUAGAUUUGGGUGUGGAAGAUGAACCAGUGGCGCUACCUCUGGAUGUGGUCAACCAAGCAGCAGCAGAGAACCGUUUCAUCAUCAUUGGGCGUCCUGUAAUCCCAAGGCGUCAAAACAUUCGUGCGAUUAUUGCGGCUUUACCACGACAGUGGGGACAUGCAGGGUUGGUCCAUGGAAGAAUUGUUGAAGGAAGGCGGUUCCAGUUUGUGUUUCCAUCCGAGGAAUCAAUGGAGAAUGUCCUCAGGAGAGGUCCCUGGGCGUUUGCUGAUCGGAUGCUCAUAAUGCAAAGGUGGUCUCCUCUGUUUAACCCUUUGAUGUUGAACUUCAUUCCCCUCUGGAUCCAGAUAAGGGGAAUACCGCUCCAGUAUAUGAACCAAGACGUAAUCAUGCACAUAGGACGCGCGAUGGGGCAAUACAUGGAUGUGGAUUACAAUGCUGAGACGGCAGUUCGUGUGGAGUAUGCUCGUGUCAGAGUUAAUUGGGAUGUUGAUCUCCCACUUCGGUUCCAGAAGAACUUCCAGUUCACUCCAGGAGUCAACACUCUCCUCAAAUUCCGCUAUAAGAGGUUAAGGGGCUUCUGUGAGGUAUGUGGAAUGCUCACGCAUGAUUCGGGUAGUUGUUUGAUCCAAAAUGGUGGAAUGGAUCAUGACUCUGAGGAUGAUGAUGAAGAUGAUAAUGAUGAACCACUACUUGUUCCUCUGGCGGAACAAGGAGUUCAGAUUCAUGACAUCCAUGAGAUGAAUGAGGAGAACAACAAUGAGGAGAAUGAAGUACCCAAUGGGGUAGAGUAUCAGGUAAUGGAAGAUGAUGAAGAAUACAAUACGGAGCCGUUGGGAGACAUGUUUUCAGGAGAAUUGGAGUCCAGUGAGCUUUCCAAUCCGAUUCCAAUCUACUCUAACUCCACAGGAGACAUUGCAGGGGAUGAUGCACGUCAAGGCAAGAGAAUCAUGGAGGAACCAGAUGAGAGUUCCAUGCAAGCGUUAUAUGAUAGCUUUCCUCCAUGA